UACUCACGACUUGGGAGUUAUUGUUGGUGUAAGACAAUAGUGGAUUUGCCAUUGAGAGGGAAUCAAAAAUUAAAACACAUGUCGAGACGUACACUAGGGAAACGAAUUAACAAGAUGCAUCAUGAGAACAUGAAUACUGUAAAGAGAAUAUUAGCUAAACAAACACAUGUGUGUACGACUGCUGAUGUGGGGAGCAAUAGCAGUCACCGGUAUCUCGGAGUAUCAGUACAUUGGAUUGAUGAUGACACAUUGAAGCAAAUAUUAGCUGCUAUCGCCUGUCGCCGAUUUCCCGGUUCUCAUUCAUUCGAUCAAAUUGCUGACCAGUUGGAGAGCAUCCACAAUGAUUUUGGGCUUGUUACGAACAAAAUUGUGGCUACAGUCACAGAUAAUGCAACGAAUUUUGCUAAAGCAGUUAAAAAAUUUGGAGUUAUUUAUAUGGACAUGAACAGUUGAGGAAGAAGGAGCUACAACAGAUGAGACAGAUGAUGAGUCAUGCGAGGAGUCAGAC